AUGCGAGGUGAAUCGUACGCCAUUGAAGCAAGUGAGGCAUGGCUUGGACAAACUAGUGACCUUGUUAUCCAAUGGAUUCUCCUUCUCACUAAGACAAUCAAGGCAUGGAAUAAGUUUUUCGACCAGGACGCCAGCCGUAUCGUGUGUCAAUCGAGCGAAGAUGGACUCAAUCACAUGAAUGACUCACUCUACGAGAUCAGUCGAUCUCUAGAUGAACUUAUGGCGAUCCGAGAAGAAAUGGAGGAACUUAAAGUCAAAGUCGAAAGGUUCGAAAAGAAACUCGGUCUCCAUGUUGCAGUUGGGGAUAACCGCGCAAUCGUCCUGCAAUACUGGAACGUCACAAUAUUGCAGUUCAUAUCGCCUUUCGCCGUGGCAGGGACCAUUAUGCAGGCUGGUCUCGUUUUUGGGCAUCCUGUGUUGUGUUUCACAGUCUUGGCGUCGGCUGUGGCUUUCAUCAUGUGGGCAUUGAAGCCAACCUUAACUUGGCUUGCCAGGAAGGCUCGGCUCGAGGAAGCGAACAACAUCGUCCCACAACAGAUCAUACAGGGACUGCAGCUCGAGAAUGGAGUGCAGACUACAUCCUAUUCAUCACCGACACGCCCAACAAUGGCUUACCACAGAUUUCAGGGCGUGUCUAUUGAUAAAUCCAGUCAGGUCAUGUAG